AUGGAGCGACCGCCGUCCUUGUAUCGACCCGCCCGCAAUUCGACUUAUAACUUUGUCUCUCCUCGCACACCAUCGCGUUCGUCCCCACGACACACAUAUGAUGACACUGGGAUAUCUGCGACAGUGUUGGACGCGAUCGUCGCCGGCGUCCUCGAAGCAUGGGCCAUUCGAUUGGGCCAAGAAGAGUCGUCGUCUUUUUCACUCGACCCUGCUUCUUCUGGCCAUGAGGCAGUAGGAAGUCCGACUGUCGCUGACCGCGUGCGCAAGUUGUGGCAGGCGGUGGUGCGGCAGUCUCAUGACGUGGCGAGUCCUCAUGCCUUGCCCAACCCAAUCUGCACGGCCAUUUGCGUCGAGAUCCUCGUCGAGGUCUUGCAUGUGGUGCUGCCACGUCAUUCUGGCCUCGCCGAGGUCCUCAUUGGCGGACUCGUUCAUUCGAUUUAUGCUACGUACGACCCGUCCAAGUCGUACUACGCCAACAACAUGUAUGCCCAUGCCGGCCAAGACAAGUCGACGGUGUCUGUAGUUCAAGCCACAGUGCGGAUGAUUUACACUCUGUAUAGCCAACUAGACCCAUCUACGCAGCGCUCGGUGGCGACGGAUCUCGUCAAGCCCCAAGUAAGCACCGACAUGCUGGGCGAUCUGUGGGACGUGCUCAUGGGCACGCUGCCGACGCGGGACGAGGCGGCGGGGCACAUGGCGCUGCUCUCUCGAUGCUUUUCGUCGCUCCGUCGACAUGAAAAGUGCCAACUCCUGCCGCAGCUCGCGUCGUCGUUCAUUCCACGGCGCGUCGAGGAAUUCCUUCCGCCGACGAAUUCCCAUCAAGAUCCAGACGACACGUUCGACGUCACACCGACUGCUUCUUCUCCGACGACGACGGGUACCCAUCACACACAACCUCCUCCACUCUGUCGCAGAAGCCAGCGCGGGUCGAACAUUUUCAAUCCCCGCGAAUAUCGGAAAGCAUCGUCGAGGCUGGGCAAGUCUUCGCUGGUACGAGGAAGCCAUCAACUCAUGGUGCAACGCAAACCGUCCGAGGUGCGAAAGGGGGGCACGGCGCUGGGGGUAGCCGCCUUUCGCCGCAAGUCCACGCGGGUGCACGACGUCGUCCUCCCGCCAGACCAGCUGCACGGAAUCUUACCGCUUGUGGGGUAUCAUCACCACCACCACCCACGGCAGAGCACGGCGCCGCCACCUCUAAUGACCAAACCUUCGUUGCUGGUCCAGUACGAAGACGAGCCCGACACGUCGGCCGAGUUGCUUGAGUUUCUUGACGAGUUGGCGGACGAUUUGAAAGAGAUCUACGCGUUGCUGCGGGUGGGGGAGUACCGUAGCCAGCAGAGCGGGAUGCACGACUUGGCGCAACUGCUGACGACGCGGCUGCAUGUGACGCUGGAUGACGACGGGAUGAGCGACCCCAAGGACAAGGAGCGGACGGCCGUGACGACCAUCGUCCAGAUGCUCAAGGCCCAUCCGUCGGCGCUUGGGAGUGUGUUGAAGCACGUGCCUGACUUGGUUGUCGACACGUUGCGGGUACAGCAAGGGAUCCUCAAGUAUGUCAUGGUGCAUUGUUCGUGGGUGGUCGGGCAGUUUCUCAAGCUAGACGAGGUUGCAGCGGACACGUGGCAGGCUAUCGUGAAGGCGCAGUCUGAGAAACAACUGACGCUGCUGUGGUCCACAGAUCAGGACGCGGGGACCGAGGAGGAGGAGGUGGUCGUGUCACCCGUCGAGGCGGCGUACCAGUGGCUGCAAUCGCAUGUAACUGACACGGCCAAAGUGCUGCUGCUCAACCACGACAUGGCCAAGCAUAUCUUUGCCGCCAUGGAGCGCGAGGUGGAGCUGGCGGCCAAGGGGGCGACCAACAAGGGGCUGCGCCUCAAGAUGCUGCUCACAGAACUGGACGACUUGCCCACGUUUCAAGCGCACACCCACUUGGCGACCCAGAAAGGAUUCGAGAUGGCGAUGAAGCACGACAUGAAGGGCAUGGUGACGUUGCUCACGAUCAUCUUGUCCAACAACACCCAUCUGAAGGACCUGGUCACGUCCAACGUCGAAGUCAUCGCGGCGCUGGCCAUGCACAACAAACAUGCGCUCAUCAACCUGCUCAAUUCGGACCUCGUGACGUGGAAACCGUUCUUCAUGCAGGCGAUGACUCAACACGCGUUUCUUCUCACCGACUGCUUGAUGGCAAAGACCAAACAUUUGGGUGGUGGGGACCAGUUGAUGGUCGCGUAUCAUUCGGUUUUGGACGGCGUGGCCGGGCGUUGGGUUACGGAUGACGCGGACCGGUCGUCGGGGGUGACGUUCAAGCCUCGCAGCCACUUUACCAGGGCGGUAAGUGUCCUUCGUAUUGCAAAUCGUCGCGGCAGCCGGGCGUCGUCGUCGGAAGGGACGGUCGAGGUCGUGCAUGCAACGGACGGAAAGGACAAGCGGUCGAUGGCGGGCUCGCCGUCUGUCAAACGAAUGGCCAGCAUGCGACAGCGGCAGAUGCUGGAUGGGGUGCCGCGUGCGUCGGUCGUCCCUGGCGUGUACCACAUUCCUUGGAUUUGGAAGACGUUCCUCAUCGACGCCGCGUUGGAACGGCCAACGAUGCAGCAGGAUUCUUGGGGCCGACGGGAGCUGAAACGCUUCAUAUUGGACAUCCUCAUCGAAAAGAUCAAGCUCGACGAGCUCGAGAUUGAUGAGGACGUCGUGAGCGACCUGUCCGUGUUUGUGUGCGAUUAUCUCACGACCAAGCUGCAAAAUCGAAGCUUGGUAAGCUUUCAACUGCAGCAGCUCGUGAAUGGAUUGCAAAAGCAUAUCGAAGAUCCUCGGGUGUCGUUCUUUGCCGCCGCGUGCGGCGUCAAGCAACUGCUCCGACGGGGGGUGUUGCAUUCAUGCCUGCGUUCGUUGUCCCACUUGCUCUUUGGCGAGCUUCGGAUCUUCCGGCAAGACAAACGGCUGCAAGAACUCGUGGAUGGAUCAUGCGUGGUGCCAGUGGCGGCUGUCGAGGCGGCAGCGCGGAGUGUCUUUGCGCAGUGCUUGUCUUCGGAAGAGAUGGAUGUCGUCGUGCAUCAGAUCGCAUCCCUGCGGCGCUUCCCCGCCUCAGACAUGUACUGUUCUUGGCGCGCGAUUUGA